AUGUCUUCCAGAAUCACUAGAUCCUCGGCCCGCCAAGCUGCGAGCCAGGCAGCUCACCAAGUUGGUUCUUUAGAUUCCUCUCCUGCUGGGACCCUCUCUACUCCCACUAUACCUGGACCAACCUCGCAGGUUGACCGAAAGCGAAAAGUCUCUUCCUCUUCCACUCACGAUAAAUCCUCUACGCCUCUUGCGGCACCCUAUCCUGCCAUUUCGGAUCGACGGUCCAAGAGACAAAAGAUUGCUGAACCCAUUUCAAAGGGAACGCAGGACAAUUUCAAUUCUCCCUUCCAAGGAGCUCGGAGGAAGGGAAAGGCUACUGCCGACAUGGAUGGCAACGAUGGCCGAGCCUCCCCAGCGGAACCCCCAGAGGCCAUUGCCCGACCAGUGAUUUCUAGCAGAAAAUCCAGUCGCGGCAAGAAGUCCGACAUUACUCCUAGCUCCUCCGUUCGGAGAUCAAGGCGACAUGGCAGCAAUAGUGCUGACCAAGAUAUUGCAAUGACUGGCAUGGAUGAGAACAAUGAUCUUGGGCCGCCACCUUCGCCACCUCUCGAAAAUCCUAUCGACGACACUAGUGAAGACCAUGAUGAUGAUGACGAUGAUGAAGGACACGAAAAUGGUCAAGAGAGAUUUGGCGACCAUCAUCAGGAAGACCAUGAAGAUGAUGAAGAUGAAGAUGACGACGACGACGACGAUGACGACGAUGACGACCCGUUUGGAGGUUUUGGUGGUCCAGGGGGAGCUGUCGCUGGAUUGUCCAACACCCUUCGAGCCUUGACAGGCAUGAUGUCGGGCUUGACAGGUCGGCUGCGCGAGCUCCUGAACAAUUUGAGAGACGACGAUCUGUCCGUUCAAGUCAUUGCUUUACAAGAAUUAUCCGAAAUUCUCCUCGUGUCUAACGAAGACAAUCUCUCUGGGCAUUUCUCACCAGACUCAUUCGUCAAAGAACUGGUUCUCCUCAUGAACAAGGAAGAAAGCCCAGAGGUCAUGCUCUUGGCGUGCCGAUGUCUGGCUAAUCUUAUGGAAGCACUACCGGCGAGUGUCGCUAAUGUGGUCUACGGGGGAGCUGUGCCUGUUUUGUGCCAAAAGCUCCUCGAAAUAUCCUUCAUCGAUUUGGCAGAGCAGGCUCUGAGCACAUUGGAGAAGAUCUCACAGGAGUACCCUGCAAACAUAGUCAGAGAAGGUGGACUGACCGCAUGCUUGUCUUACCUUGACUUUUUUGCCACAAGCACACAGAGAACUGCUGUCACCACAGCUGCAAACUGCUGUCGCAACAUUCCUGACGAUUCAUUUCCUGUCGUCAAAGAGGUCAUGCCCAUUCUCCUCAACGUCCUCAAUAGCAGUGAUCAACGGGUUGUGGAGCAGGCCUCACUCUGUGUAUCAGGGAUUGUCGAGAGCUUCAAAUACCAACCAGCCAAGCUUGAAGAACUCGUGGGCGUUGACCUUUUACGUGCUGUUUUGCGACUUCUGGUUCCUGGUACCACGAAUCUCAUCGGCUCUAGCAUCCACACCCAAUUCCUCAGAGUGCUGGCCUUCACCGCACGGGCGAGUCCGCGACUAUCUGCAGAGCUGUUCAAGCUGAAUGUUGUCGAAACUCUAUACCAGAUUUUGACCGGUGUGUCGCCUCCCAGCGGAACCGAGGAUGUGGCAUCCAAGCUGGACAGUGUGGUUGUGAUGCAAGCUCUGAUCCAUCGCCCCAGGGAACAGAUCGUGGAAACUUUGAACGUCAUCUGCGAACUAUUACCAAGUUUGCCCCGAAACACAGACUCGUCAUUUGGUGAUCUUGUUGAUCUCAACGCGUCAACUGAACCAAUUACACCCUCUUCUGCUGGGGGCAGAAGCCGAAGGAGCCCUAAUGAUAAACGGCUUGACCUUUUGGAGGACUGCAAACCAGAAGUUCGCCGCUUUGCUCUGAUCAUCUUCCCAACUCUCACAGAUGCCUUUUCGAGCACUGUUAACCUAAGUGUCCGACAAAAGGUGCUUACUGCUCAACUCAAGAUGUUGUCCAACUUGGAUGAAGAUAUCCUUACGGAAGCCUUGGUCCCCGUUCCUUACGCAUCAUUUUUAGCAUCAAUUCUCUCACAGCAAGACCACCCUUCGCUCGUCAUGCUGGGGUUACGCGCCACAGAACUUCUCGUAAGCCGACUAGAGUCCAUCUAUCGGUAUCAGCUAUAUAGAGAGGGCGUCAUUCACGAGAUCAGCAAGUUAGCAUCGCAAGAGGACCCGUUGGACUUGAAAAAAGAAGAAUCAGACGACGACGAGGAAGGGGAGGAUGACGAUGAAAAUGGAGCUGGCAAGCUGAAAGACACCGUCCAAAAGGAGAUAGCAAAUCGUACGAAGUCUUCAACUCAUAUUUCAGACGGCGGGGAGCAUCAGAACGAUCAUGAUGAAGCGGAAGACGGAGCUGACGCUAACAACUCAUCUGGAGAUGACGAUGAAGAUGAGGAUAACGACGAUGAAGACGGUGACGACGAAGAAAAUGAUGACGACCAUGUUCCUGGCGAUAUGUCUCCUGCUAGUUCCCGUGGAUCUACCAUGUCUGUGGAUAUGCCCCCUCAUCGUUACAUCUCGGAUAUGAAGUCGAUGACGUCCCGCAUUCGAGACAUUGCAAAAAUAUUCCUGGAGACGCAUGAGGGAGGAGAACACGCUCAAACCAUGAAAAACAAGGCCGCUUUGAUCCUAAAUGACCUAUCUGAGCUUGCUGCAGAGCUGGAAGAGUACUACCUGCAACGGACUUCUGCCGGUCUCGGAGGAGCCCAGAGGGACAACGAGCUAUUCUCGAAACUUGCAUCUUAUUUUGAUACUGACGUUCUGGAGAGUGUUACGAGUGCGGAGCUUUUGGCAUCUGGGCUUGUACAGACCUUGCUGAACAUCUUUAGCAACCCUGACGAAGAGCUUGCUCGGUCCGCCCAGUCCACCUUCCUCGAAGUAUUCAUGGGGUACUCACUGAAGUCAAAACCAAAGACGGCGACCGCAGAUUCGCCCGCUACCCCGUUCAGUGUGCUGGUACACAAGAUGCAAGAUUUGCUCAGUAGGUCAGAGCAUUUUGAGGUCCUCACUGUGCAUCACAACACGUUUGAUGGCAACCGAAGUAGCCCUGCCUCAAUGCUUGGCAAACAAAUCCGACUUCGCCUUGUGGCAGAUGACGAUUCCAACAUCCCUCGGCCUUACCGGAACAUCAUGGUGUCGAUUCACGCAAUUGCUACCUUCAAGUCAUUGGAUGACUACCUCAGACCUAGAAUCAGUUUGGCGGAACGACCUCCAAUUGGGCGCAGAGACGGGCUGUCUCGAGCCCUCGCCGCUGUAGCAGGCAUGGGGGGAUUGCAGUUCAGCACGGCCGCUGGGGCAGCUGGCUCCAGGUUGGCCGAAAGAUCGCCAUUUGGCGCUGUACCACCGCCGCCGCCUCCACCACCCGGUGCCAGCGCAACUCCAUCGUCAAGCUCACGAUAUUCGCGUAGAUCGAAGAAUCGGUCAAUGCCUCAACCUAACACGCCGGCAACGCCGCAAGAUCAGUCGGCCGGACCUUCUCAUGACAAAGGUGUCCUCCGUCGUUCAUCCAGGCGUCAAGUAGUGUCGGCGGAGGAAACCCCAUUGUCACGGCCACCACCACCGACCGAGGAAGAUGACCCACAGAAUACUCUAGAGUGUGCAGACGAGAAGCAGAUGUCUGACGAAGAUGACUUGGAAGACGGCAGUGCUCUGGAUGCCAUUGUAGGCGAGCUGGAUGAGGAUAUGGACGACGCAGAUCACACCAGUGCUGGCCCUGACCCUUCUGCAGUGAACCUGGAGGUUGCUACGGGUGGAAAGAUUACAGCAAGAAAGGAUGAUGGAACAAGAGUUCCCACUCCGUCAAGCUCGGCUCUUUCUGGCAGCCGCAGUGGUAGUUCCGCUGCUGUUCUUGGAGGACCCCCUCCUCCACCCCCGUCUUCCGGGCAAGGGACUCCAACGCCAGCCACAUCGCGACCACCUAUGUCGUACGCCUCUGCUCUGCAGGCUGUACCUCAAGACUGGCACAUCGAGUUCAGCCUCGACAGCAAAGUUAUUCCGAACGAGACCACCAUUUACAGGGCUGUUCAUACCUCAACCUCCACUUAUGAUGAACUGGUCAGCCGCAGUAUCUGGUCAGCCACUCAUCCUAUUAAGUUUCGCCGUGUCCCCGGACCACCAACUGCCGAGCCCGUGUCUUUCGGAAGUAAUCAGGACAGCGAGACGGAGACAGAGGGCGGCAUUCCCACGUCUCUUGCCAAAAACCCAACUACAGCAUCCAUCCUUCGCCUUCUCAACAUUUUGCACGAAUUGAACGCCAAUAUUGAGGAUGUUUUGGCUGAAAUUAGAAACAGCUCUAUCAGUCUCAAUGUCGAGCCUUUAUCCCAGUUUGUCAACACAAAACUCACGGCCAAAUUGAACAGGCAAUUAGAGGAACCUCUGAUUGUAGCUAGCAGCUGCCUUCCUGGCUGGUCUGAGGACCUGGCUCGUUUGUAUCCCUUCUUAUUCCCAUUCGAGACCAGGCAUCUCUUCCUUCAGUCCACGUCUUUUGGAUACGCCCGAUCGAUGGCAAGGUGGCAGAAUGCCCAGGCUGAAGAUAGCCGUAGGGAUCGCAACAAUGACAGGCCAUUCCUUGGUCGGCUACAGCGGCAGAAAGUCCGCAUAUCGCGUCUCAAGAUUCUCGAAUCAGCUCUCAAGGUCAUGGAUCUCUAUGGUGCUGCUCAGAGUAUCCUGGAAGUCGAGUAUUUCGAGGAAGUCGGCACCGGCUUGGGACCAACCCUGGAGUUCUACUCGACUGUAUCCAAAGAAUUUUCCAAGAAGAAGCUUAAGCUUUGGCGCGAAAUGGACUCGGUUGGGACCGACGAGUUUGUAACGAGCCAAAAUGGGCUGUUCCCCCGGCCGCUGAAUCCAGAAGAGCUCUCGACUCCUAACGGGGAGCGCAUUCUUCACAUGUUUAAGAUGCUUGGCAAAUUUGUUGCGCGAUCAAUGAUCGACUCUCGCAUCAUUGACAUUCACUUCAACCCGAUAUUCUUCCGCAUCGGCGAUGCCCCCAUGACUGGGAUCCGACCCUCUCUUGGCGCGGUUAAAAUAGUUGACCCUGGUCUUGCACGCUCGCUGAAGACGAUCAAGAAAUUCGCAUUGGCCAAGAAGGAAAUCGAUGAAGACCCCAACCGUACAGCGGCGCAGAAAGUAGCGGACACGGAGUCUAUUGUGAUUGACAGUGUCCGUCUGGAUGAUUUGUGCCUGGACUUUACAUUACCGGGUUACCCAAAUAUUGAGCUGGAGGAUCACGGAUCGCACAAGCGUGUGACAAUCGAAAAUGUGGACUCCUAUCUCGAGAAAGUUAUUGAUAUGACUCUUGGGUCCGGUGUCCGCCAACAAGUUGAUGCUUUCCGAACUGGAUUUUCACAGGUCUUCCCUUACUCUGCGCUGAGCGCCUUCACCCCAGAUGAGCUUGUGAGCUUGUUUGGAAAGGUUGAGGAGGAUUGGUCUCUAGAAACUCUCACCGAUUCUAUCAAGGCCGACCACGGCUUUAACAUGGAUAGCCGCAGCGUGAAGAACUUACUACAGACCAUGAGCGAGUUUGAUGUGCAGCAACGCCGUGACUUUUUGCAAUUUACUACCGGCAGCCCCAAGCUCCCAAUUGGAGGCUUCCGAAGCUUAACGCCAAUGUUCACGGUGGUUUGCAAACCAAGUGAACACCCUUACACAUCUGAUGACUAUCUGCCUAGCGUCAUGACGUGUGUCAAUUACUUGAAAUUACCAGAUUACACCACAAUCGAGACGAUGAAGAAACAGCUAUACAAGGCAAUGAAAGAAGGCCAAGGCGCCUUUCAUUUGUCUUGA